UAUUGAGUGAGGUGUUAGCGGUGGGGAUUGGAUUGUUGCAAGAUUUACCAGUGAGGGUCGAUGCAUCACUCGCUCAAUCAAGAAAGAAACAUCACGACACCAUUUCGCACGAUUUCUUGGAGGGAGGAAAGAAGCAUAUGCACAAGGGGACAUCAUUGCAUUGCAUGGUAUGGGAAGAUACCACGACACACGAACAAACUUCCCUAGCAAACUUGUUUGGGCUGCUGUCAGCAUUACCAUCAACGCGCGAACAAUCCGUGUCGCGUAUGAUUGCGGAUCGGCUGGGCUGGGCUGGGAUGGGAUUAGCAAAUACCAGGCGUUUCAGGGGUGCUAGAUGCGGUGUCGGAAGGCACGGGUACGAUCAAACGAGCUUAUACUAUCUGGAUCUCACAUCACACAGCACUGGAGCUUUUGGAGCCCGGAGUGAGCUGGUAGGAAGGAACUUUUUUUUUUUGGAUAUCUUGGGAACCUUUGCAUUUCUCGGAGUCUUGAUACUUUGGAAGUGGCUGAGGUCUUCAUACGUACAGUCUUUUGAAUUACGUAGUGAUAAUUGGGUUAGGAGGAGAAAGGCGGGCUGGGCGCCGCUAUGUUUGCUGUUUGGCACGCUUGAAACGCUGCGUAUGUUGUAGAGAGGCAGAAUUAGUCCGCGUUAUGACGGGCUCUGUGCAACGGGGUUGAUGAUGGAAGCUGGAUGGAGGAGGCUGUAGUGAAUACCAUUCACCCAACAUGUUCUCUACCCUAAGCAAUCAGAAGAUGACAUAAUGGCGCACCACAUUGUAGUUGUAUAGGAUGUCAUGGCAAGUUAAAUUCACUCAAAAAGUAGGUGGAGUGAGUCUUGCAAGAGUAAAAGCUAGUGACGAACCCACUUCUGUGGAGGCAGGACG